AUGGAGGAAAGGUUUGAAUGGAGGUGCAUGGGGUCACCUCUUGAAGAGAAGCUACAGGAAUACAUUCAAGGCAUAGUUGAGGAGGAAGACCUUGCUUGCAUUUCCAAGAAGAUUUCUGCAUACUUUGAUGUAUGGCCGUUCAAAGACUUUUCUCUCAGAUAUUGGAGGGGGCUUAGCGACAAGCUUCUUGGCAUUCUCUCUAUGGAGGAGAAGAAAUACUUUUCUGAAGGGAUACAGCUGAUGGAGAUAUCCGAAGAAGACAAAGGGCUGGUGGUUGCGAUUUUCAAGCUCUUUCAAAGAAUAUUUGGAUAUUCAAAACAAAGGCACCCUCUUGAUGUUUCCACGCAGAUCAUGAAGUUCAUAUAUGCAAUGGACCUCGACAUUGUGAUUGAGGCAUACAAGGUGCUUACGUUUUGCCUCAAUUAUUCCAUAGGAUUAGACGAGUUUUCUGAUGACCACGACAUUCUCUUCAAGUGUCUGGGGAUUGAUCUCAGCGAAUUAGAUGCAGAGAAGGUUUUUGGCCUUUCUGACAAAGCCUUUACAAGCAUACCCGGAGGUCUUGAAGAUGGAGACAUAUUCGGUGUCCUCAAGCAGCACUCGAAUGAAUAUGGAAAAGGAAACCUUGUGUUUGAGCUUCGGAGGAGGAUGAAUUCCACGAAUGCAGACGGGCUGAAUGUGCUGAAUGCUCUUGGAACAUGCGUGUUUCUGAUACUUGCAAAGGGGGAGGGGGUUUUUGACGAGGUGGUUGGGAGAGUUGACUCCCUGGAGAUUUGGAAGUUUGCCAGUGGAGAGCUGUCUGAGAACAUGGAGUUUGCGAUUAUGAAUCUUCUGGACAUACUUAUCUACGAUGAGUUUGAUUUCAUCAAGAUCUCCAGAAUUCUUGAAUUGAGUAACAGCCGCGGAUUCUUUUACGAGAGGUUUGCAAAUGGAUUUAACGAGUGGAGCUUUGAGAGGCACAUGGUGUUUCUUGUUUACAACACCCUUGUGGGCAGCCAGAAGUCGAGGUAUCUCAAGAUGAAUAUACUCAUGGAGGCAUUGCCAAGGUUCUAUGAGUGCUCGCCAGAUGUCCGGUAUCAUUUUCUUCGUACAAUAAAGAUGCAUUGUAAGGAGACGAAUUCAAGAGGUAUUUCCGAGUUUAUUUCUAAAAACGGAGUGAAGGUUCUGACAGAAUAUCUUGAGCAUGCAGAGAAAUACGAUAUCGAAGAAAACAUAAACCUCAGGUAUGCAUUCAAGAUACUGGGCGAGAUCUACAUGGGCGAAAGAAAUAGAGCGGAGGUUGGGAGCUUUGAAGACAGUGCCUUUCUGGACGUCACUGUUGCAACGAUCAAAAAGCUUUGUCUCUCUGAUGCCCGCCUUGUGUCUGUUUGCAUAGGGAUACUGUCUUCUUUCAUGUUUGACGAGCCACUGAAUUUCCCGACAUACAUGGAGAAGGGGGCUGAUAUUGUGCUGAAGACACAGCUAUCUGUUGAGCCUGCCUUCGAGUACAUCUCUGCAUUUAUUUCCUAUAUUGAUGCAUUUUCGCUGAAUCUUAAGUUCCAGGAGGAGAUAGCGGAUGGAGAGUAUCUUUUCAAGCUACUGGUGGUAUGCAGGGAGGCAGACUUUCUUGGAUCCGUGAACAGUACAAAUAAGAUGGCGUCUCUGCUGAAUGUUCUCAUAAUGCACCACCCCAUAUUCAAGCAGGAUAUUCUGAAGUUCUACAGACAUGGGAUUAACUAUCUUAAGGCUCUUUUUGGGGCGAAGCCAAGUUACCAGCUUAUGGAAAGGGAGUACUGCACUGAGAUUUUCAACAACUUCUUUAGCCUUGUUGAGAAGAUGGAGAUUUAUCCAUCAAGAGAGGAUUCUGCUAGAUUCUUCGAUGAAAUGUUUGACCUUGCUGCUAGUUUGAGGUAUUCUUGCGGCAUGCAGAAUCUCUUCAAGGGGUCUUUUGGGGAGGUCUAUCGGAUGGUCUACAAGGAGGCAAGGCCUUCUCUGGACAAGCCUCUUGAGCAUCUUAUUCUCGACACGGAGAGGAUUGUAGCGCUGUGCGAGCCUGACAACGGGGAGGUUGCUGGAUACUGGAGAAGGGAUGGCUGCAUUGAGGAAAAAGGGGAAGUUGAUGACUUGGUACUUUCUUAUGACAGCCAGAUUGCUCUAGGAUGCAUUUUGUGCGAGGACUUCAUGGAGAUAGCGAGUAGCGGGGUAAAGGAAAGGUUGUUUAGGAUGAUGGGGGAAUUUUAUCUUGUAGCCAUCAGAUUGAAUGGAGCCUUUCUCUCGUUGUACAAUCUUGAAGAGCAUAAGUUUCUAUCCACCUACAGAUCAGUAAGGGCUAGGCUUGAGGAAAGCACAGCAAAGAAAGACAGCAGGCUUUAUGUGUUGCAAUCCAUAUACCUCUGUAAUGUGUUUUUACUCCAGAAGAUGUAUCCUGGGAUGGUUGAGGAAUCGUUUAGUAUGACUGUUGAGUUCGUUGAGAGGCUGGUAGGGAUAAUGGCUCUAGAAGGAAACGACUCGAUUGUCUUGGGGCUUAGAAUCAUAGAGAGAUUGAGUGCGAGCUUCAAAGAGAUGCACUAUGAUGCGAUAUCGGGAGAGGAGUUUAUAAGAUGCCUGCUUGCACCCCAUCCGAGCAGUGAAAGGCUGAAGGCUGUUAUGAAUUUCUUUGUAUCCCAGCUAUUGCCGAAGAUGAGCACUGAUAUGGGGCUAAGGCGCAUCUUCUUGGAGUACCUGAAGGGAGUGAAUAUCAAGGAAUCUGCAGAUGCCCGUGAUGUUGAGCUCAGCAACAUGAUUAUUGAAGGGGUUGGGAAAAUGUUCGGAGAUUCCAACGAGCAUUUGGAGCCAUUAUCUGACAUUGAGAUGGACAUGAUCCUCGAUAUUUACGAAAAGUUCCAUACAUCACCUUUGUGUGAGAGGCUGAUGGUCAGAAGAAUAAUAAGAUCUCCGAGAUUUACUAUGAGACUGGUCAAGAUCAGGGCGUUUUCAUCAUUCCAAUACUUCUUGAUGAUAGAUGAGAAGGUAUAUGACCACGGAUGCCUCAUCAUAAACAAACUCUUUGAAUACUCGGACGAGUUUAUUGGAAUGGCUAGCUGUGUUCUUCUGUUUGCAACUGUGGGGCGGUGUCCUCACAAGAUAGACAUCAAGGAAGUUGGAAGAAGGAUCCCCGGGCUCAUUGCAUCUGACGUCUCUUUGUCUCGGACACUGUUUUUCCUAAUCAUGUACCUUAGACUAGUUUUCCAGAUGGGGAUGUCUAAGCUGUGUCCUCUUGGAUUUGAGAAGUUGAUUUCGCGGAUAAAAACAUGUGACGAGAUGAUGCUGAUGAGAAUUCUCCUCACCUAUGUUGUGAGCCCCAACAUUGGAGACAUUCUGGACAACGUCAAUUUUCCUCCCAGAAGGAUCAAAUCGAAAGACAGAGAUUUCCUAAAGUCAUAUGACUUUCUAAUAUACCGGAACUACGAUCUUUUUAUUGAGAGAUGCUUGAGGAGGUCUGGCCUUGUGCCUAAGGACUUAGUCUGCCUUGACCACGGGUGCCGCAGGAUCUGCCUCGAAGAGACGAAAGAUAGGAUUUGUAAGGACGGUGAGAUAGAAAGUGCCAAGAGUUUCAUCAGGGAGCUUGUUCUUCUGCUAGACACUCAGGAAUGCUUUGUGCUGGCAAUUCAACUGCUUUGCGAGAUAAUGUUUAACAACCCAUCUCUGCUAUAUGACAUAUGUAGAUAUCAAGUCUUGGACACUAUAUACAAGAGAUGCAUCAAGAAGAUAGACUUGACCACCAAGCACAAAAUCGUCGGGGAUUCGCACUGGGGCUUGAUGCUGUUUGUGAUUGGGCUCCAUUCCGAGGUUCUUCUGUCGAAGUCGAGCAGUACCCCGGAGAAGCGGGGAGACGGGGACGAAGGACUCCCGUCUGUGUGUGAUUUUCUCCUCGAGAAGAUCAGAGACGGAUCCAACGAGGACUUUCUGAACACAUCGUUUAUUCUCAUUAGAAGCCUGACACCAUUAUUUAUUUUAAGACAUGAUAAUGAGGAAGACACAACCAUGGAAAAGUUCAGGGAAGGCUCUAUCUUCAUGGGGUCUGCAGGGAUUUUUGAAAAGAUGAUAGAAAGAAUAAUAACGAUUGAUGAGAACGAUGCCAUGUAUAGCAUGUGCAUCCAGCACUCGCUAGAUUAUCUUGGCAGGGUUUUCAGGUACUGCUACGGAGACAUACUGCAAGAUCUAGAUGACUAUGGAGACGACGAGUCCCACAUUGAAUACUACAGCCUUGCUUCGGAGGACCAGAUGUUCGACGAAAGUGGCUUUGACUCUGACGAGAGCCAUUUUGACGACUCGCCAUUUCAUGAUCUGGAAGAGGACGGAAACACAAUAUCCGAUGAGGCUGAGAGUUCCUCUGAAUCUGAGAACGCUGUGUUCAUUAAGAGCAUUGAGAAUGACCAUGAGAUGCCGACGACGAUGUACUUGCUCAGCUCUGAGUAUUACACUAUUUCUGCAGAGUGCAGGGAUGAGAUUGAGGCCAUGAUAAGCAGAAGACUCUAUUCCGACCUGAUUGAUAAAGAUACAAACUGCUAUGAUCGGAAAGGCGGUGACAUGAAGAAAAACAUGGCCUGUGAGCUGGACAACCCAACUGUUCUAUGCAGAGAUCCAGAAAGCUACAUGUCCGAGGAGUCUGAGGGAGAUUACGCAGACGGCAUGAAAAGAAGAAUAUGGGACUUUGGAUUGAAUUCGGAAGAGAACAGUGAAGAGGACUUGGACGGAGGGGUGGAUGUCCGAGACACAUUGAAUGGUAGGGAGAUUGAGGAGAAUGAGGACGUGGGGUCGUCUGAAUCUGACGUCGGAUCACAAAACGGAGAGAUUCCACCGCUUGAUCCUGAGGUCCUCAACACGAUGGAGCGGUAUGAGCUGGAGGAGGUGCUGAAGGCUUACUUUGACGAGCGAAGGGCCCAGUCUCUCACAUAUGUGCCUCUGAACAUAAGCUUCUAUGACAGGCUCUCUUCCAAUGUAAGGCCUGUUUUCGAGGAGAUGGAGAGAGUGUACAGGGAAAGCUUUUUUUAUGAUAUCCAGAUGGAGUCUACAAAAGAGAGUGAUGAGGAUGCGACUGAGGCCAAGGGCAGCCUUCUUGAGAUGGACCUCCUAACAUUUGAGAAGUUUAUUAGGAAAUCUAUUGUUGAGAAGGAAUUUCCAUUUGCUAAAAGCUGGAAGCUGGUUGAUGCGCUCUCGAAGGAUCUGAAGAUGAAGAGGGUUGUCUUUGAGGUAUCCAAGGCGAUGAUUCUGUCAAUUGCAGAUUCUCAGGAAGACGGCCUUGGCAGCCACGAUGCGGUGAAGUUCAGAAGAAUCCUGUGCUUGCUUCUCAGUGUUGUCAAAAGCUCAUUAAGAUACUACGACUAUUUCAGGGACAGCCCAGAGGUUAUAAGCAAGAUAUUUAAACUCCUUGGAAAGGUCAAGCUGACGAACGACCUCCUAAGGUUGGUAACAGACUUCAGUGUCGUCUUCAGGAAGGAUAGCGAUCUUGUCUUUGACAGAAAUGCCGAUCUGAAGAGCAUUCUCGAGUGUUUUGGAAGAAUGAUCGACUCGGAAUGCUUCAACCUUCUCGAAGAAUUCAUAGACAACACUGCAGACCACUUUUAUGCAAGGUUCCUGGAUGUCAUUCUGGUGGAAGUGAAAAAGCAGAUUCAUGCACUCUCACAAGAUAUAAUUUCGGGCCUUCCUUCUGAUAGGUUUUUGGAGAAUCAGAAGAUACUUCUAAGGCUUUGGAAGAUGCUGGCAAAGAUUGUGGGAAGAGGCAGCAAGGCCGACAGAAAGACAGACGAUGUUCUUAUAGGCCUGAUGAUGGACUCCUUCUGGGGCACUUUCUUUGGGAAGCAAGAAGGCAAGGACUCGAUUGAAGACCUGAUUAGUGUGUCUGACGUCUACGAAUCUUUCUUUGUUAUUGGAAGGGUGUUUGAAAGCCGAUUUGAAGGUGAGUCUGGGGCAUCUGGAGAUGCAGAGGCAUGUAGUGCGUUUAAAACGUUCUAUAGGGACACCAUUGAGGCCCAGGCGAGCCAGAUCAACCUGCUUGUUGACGAGAAGCCGGAAAAGCUUUUCAGGAACUUCAACGGUCUCAUAAGCCACUCAAUACUAACGUUUAGCAACAAAAAGAAGUACCUGUCGAGAAUACUUUCUGUAGAGGGGAUAGACAAGUCCUCGUCCACCUACAGGGUGUAUGUGGACAGAAGUGAUGUGCUGAGGAGCUCCUACUUCCAGGUGAUGGCAAAAAGCCCUGAGGAGUUCAGAACGAGAAGACUGGAGAUAAAGCUCACGGGAGAAGAGGGAUUAGACUAUGGAGGACUGACAAGAGAAUGGCUUGUUUUACUGGCAAAGGACCUACUUGAUCCAAACUUUGCUCUGUUUGAAUUUUCUACUGAAGACAAAACGGUAGCCGUUCCUUGCAAGAAUAGCUAUGUCAAUCCCGAGCAUUUAUCAUACUUCAAGUUUGUCGGGAGGAUAGUUGCAAAGGCUAUAAUGGAUGGGAACUUCAUAAACCUUCAUCUGUCCAAGUUCAUUUACAAGCAUAUUCUUGGAAAGAGUUGCGACCUGCAGGAUCUGGAAUCUGCGGAUCCAGAGUUUUACAAGUCGCUUGCCUGGAUAAGAGACAACCAUGUGGACGAGUCUCUAGGACUAACAUUCUCUUUUGACGAUGUAAGCUUUGGGAUUCACAGGACUGCCGAGCUGAUAAAGGAUGGCGCCAACGUCUUUGUCAACGACACAAAUAAGGCUGAAUACAUAAGUCUGGCAACGCAGUACAGGCUUUUCAACGGGAUCGAGCUCCAGCUAUCUGCAUUGAAGUCAGGGCUGUUCGAGAUAUUAGGAAAUAAGGCUCUUGAGAUGUUUGACGAGAACGAGCUUGAGCUCCUAAUAUGCGGAGUCCCAGACAUAGACGUUGACGACUGGAAGUCCAACACCCUGUAUUAUGGAUAUACAGAAAGCUCAAAGACCAUCAUCUGGUUCUGGAAGGCUGUGAAGAGCUUUGAUUCUGUGAACCGUGCAAAGCUUCUGCAGUUUGUAACGGGAACAUCCACCCUGCCCUUCGAGGGGUUUUCACAUCUACAGGGGAACAAUGAGGUGCAGAAGUUUUCUAUCCACAGGGUUUCCGAUAGGACGGACAGCCUCCCUACUGCCCACACAUGCUUUAAUCAGCUUGUGCUCCCCGAAUACACCUCGUACGAGAACCUCCUGAGGUACCUGACAUUGGCUAUCAACGAAUGCUCUACAGGCUUCGGCUUCAUCUAG